AAGUCUUUACGACAGUCGUCGCGACACUCUCCCUGUGCUUUACGACUGUUUGGGAGGCUGAUUCAAAAUGGAGUAAAAUCCUGCGGCACCACCUCCUCAGAAUCAGCCUGUUUUCUCCUUCACGUCGUUUUCAUCGUGACCCAGCUCGACUCUCCGCGGAACAACCAACCUCGGCGUCAUGUCGGAGGAGAAGACCUCCGGCUCUCUGGGCUUCUUUUCCAGCUACGAUGACCUGAGCGACAGCAGCGACUCGGACGAGGAGGAGCGGGGCGGGCGGAAGAAGAAGCCGGGGACCGAGGCUCCGGGAGGGGAAGCCGAGUCUUCGCAGCACGGUGGCAGCAGAGGAGCGGCCGGCGGAGCUCCUCUCCCCAAACCCGACGAGCUGUUCCGGUCCGUGUCCAAACCCGCGUUCCUCUACAACCCGCUGAACAAGCAGAUCGACUGGGAGAGUCUGAGCGUCAAAGCCCCGGAGGAGCCUGCCAGACAGUUCAAGCCAUGGAAGACAAACGCUGUGCCGCCUCCUGAGAGCUACGCUGCAGAACCAGAGAAGAAGAAGGGACCUCCUCCAGGAAUGGACAUGGCCAUAAAGUGGUCCAACGUGUACGAAGACAACGGGGAAGACGCGCCUCAGCCUUUCACCGGCAACGCCCAGUUCUUACCAACAGAGGAGCAACCAUCAGACUCAGACGACGAAUCAGACCAAGCAGCCGUCUCUGCCAAGAAGCGGCGAGUGGAGACCUUCCAGCAGAAGGAGAAGAGGAAGAGGGACAUGGGUCAGGCCACCUCAGACAAGAACUUCGUAGAGGAAGAGAAACGGAUCCUCAGGCAAAAUGUAGACUGAGGCCUGAACCCUCCGGCAACAAGGCACCGUAUUCUAAUUUAAAGAUUUUAUCUCUGCAGAGAACAUUCACCAACAUUAGCAAAGUGGUCGAGUAGGAAGCGAACGUUUGGCUAUUUUGCAAUAUGAUAGUAUUUGUUUUGUUUUCAAAUGUGUGCCAGCUCAUUUGAAGGAAAAGCUUUAUAUCAGUGGGAUAUUAGGAUAAACAAGAGUUGAGGAAAGUCUCACUGCAAAAAUCUCAACCUAAGAUCUUAGAUUAUGGUAAAUCCCUGUAACUGUUUUCCAACAUUUUAAGGAAAAUUCAGGUGUUUUACUGACGUUUUUUAAAUUUUUGACGAGAGUUUACUUCCCGGCUCUCUCCCAGAGACACUGGAGCCGCUUUCAGACGAGAACUCCAGAAACUGUCCGCACAAGUGGGUCCGGACUUUCUUCUGAGUUUACCUUUCAGACACAAACAAAGCAGCAGGAGAUUCUGCCGUCAGUCACGUUCACUAUAGCAGGAAAAUCUCUGGAGGGUUUCGGGGAGGGGUGGCGCAGCAGGAGGCUGGACGUAAUGUAAACUUUCCGCAGUAGAGAUUGUGUUUUUUUUGUUUACUUCAGAGUCAGCCCUUAUCACCAAAAGCUUUUGAUCCUGGCGUCUUUGCAAGCUGACGUCUCAAGUACGACCUCUCGUUUUCGAGGCUUGAACUCGGGGGCGGCUGGCAGGAGAAACUCCAGAGAAUUUCCGCAGCUACUGACUCGGACAUUCAUGUUCUUGCAUUCAGCCCCUCCGGAGAAUUUUAGAAGAUUAUGCAGAAUUAAGGGAAAUCAUCACAUACAUCUUUACGUUUUGCCUCCACCUUCGCUUUACUAUAGAAUAUUUAGUUUACAUCACAGGGUGAAAUGCGUCUCGUGUAAUUUUUUGCUCUUGUCCCAAAUGGAAAUGCCAGAAGUAAAACACCUCAGUUUUCCUCUAAAUGACGGGUGCAGCCAUCCUGCUGCGAUCCAAUAAACAUUCAGUGUGGUCAUGUAGACUUUGUGUCUCUGCUAUUUAAUGACUUAAUGACGUUGCUGUGGUGGUUUACUUUGCCUGUGAGUUGUCUUGUAUUAUAUGCAGAGUAUCCACCACUGAACUCUGACUGUGCUUGUGUUGUGUUAAUGCAGUGACCUUCCUUUAGAAAUGUGACUGAAAUGACUGUAAAUAUGUCGAUUUAGUCCUUUUUCCGCUGCAGACAUGUCGACUUGUCACAGGAGGACGUGCCGAGUUGAUAUUAACGACAUUAAUAAUGAGUGUUUUGUUUCGACAGUGUGACUGUGAGUCUGUCUUCAUAAUACCAGGGCAUUGAAACCAAAAAUUGAAAUCAUCCACCAUUCAUUUUAUUAUUUGUUUGUUUGCCUGCUGUGAUGUGUCAAAAUGUCAUCAAUGUAAAAAAAAGACCUUUUGAUUUUAUAUUGUGCUUCCUGCUUAUGGGCACAAGGUGGCGUCCUUAAGCUAAUUUAGUAUCCACUCCCUUCACGGUAAAGAUGAAUUCUAUUGCACUUUGGUUUAAGUGGUUAAAUCACAACCAGGGUCUGCGUUAAAAAAAAAAAAAAGUAAAGAUUCUGACGAAGGGAGUGAGGAUCUUCGAUUUGGAAGUUUGUCUCAUCUCAGUUCUCUUGAGAUACUUGAUGCAUUCAGACCGUUCAGUCUCGUGUAGCUUGAAUUACACUUUACAUGUGUUCUGAACAAAACAAUGAAAAUCAGCUUCAUAUAUAUUUGGUAUUAUUAAAGAGGGUUAUUGUAAUAUUGUACCGUUUUAUGUUUCUGCCCACAAGUCGUCAUAUUUUGUGUAAACUGUUGAAUAUGGAGAAUUUUAUAGUUUUGUUUUCAGUGAGAUAUUGUUCAUCAGAAACCACAAAGGCAAUAAAAGAUAUUUUAAUGUC